AGGUCCAUUACACUCCAUAUGUCGUCAAGUGAUGCCAUGCCAGCGCGAUGCCAAGGGACAGUACCUGUUUGACCUCAUUUGCCAUCAUCUCAACCUGCUGGAGAAAGACUACUUUGGCAUUAGAUAUGUUGACCCGGACAAGCAGAGGCACUGGUUGGAGUUUUCAAAGUCAAUUUCCAAACAGAUGAAAACCCAGCCUCCAUUCACCAUGUGUUUGCGUGUCAAGUUUUACCCACCUGACCCAGCUGCCCUGAAAGAGGAAAUCACAAGAAAAGAGAAGAAAAUAAUAGGCGGACCGAUGCCUUACCUAGUUGAACCACUGAAGCACUGA